UAGAAUGUUCGCACAUAAUAAAUCUCGUUAAUUUACGAGGAUAAAAUCAUUCGCGAUGAGAAAUGUCAGUUUUAUAGUUCGUUGAUUUUGCUGAAUCAAUCGUGUAGAAUUCAGAUCCCAAUUCUGAACAGGACGAGAAGAUCUCGAUGACGUUUCAACUAUUCAAACCAAGCAUUGCCCUCGGGUUAGGAAUCAUUAUCACAACGUGUUCGGUGGUAAUCUCCUCAAACGCACCAGAGCAAUUCGAUAACAUAACGAGUAAUUGUGGCGACACUGUGGUAUUAUCAUGCAAUAUCCCGAAUAAACCAAGUGAGCCUGUGUGGUAUUGGUACCGUUUAUCACUUGAAAAAAUGAAAAAAAUGAAAUCGAAUAAUUCAUUAGAUCAAUUAUCCACGUACCGAGUAGAAAAAAUUCACGAGAUAUGGGAUUCAUCGACGGUUAACAUUUCAUUGUCAUUUAUAUCCAUAUACGACACUGGAUGGUAUUCUUGCCUGAAUGUAUCUGAAGAAGAAGAGGAAAUAGUCAUUCGCCAAACCAUUCGUCGAAUUUGGUUGGAAGUAAGAUGCGAAGACAACAAACGCCAAGAUCACCUUAAACAACACUUGGAAAAAAUCAACGAAGGCCUAGCACCACCCUACAUUUUAAAGAAAACCAUCGGUAUCACAAAGGAUAAAAGAAAUCGCUUACUGAUAAAAACUCAUACCAGAGGAUAUCCAGAGCCACAUAAUAUAACCUGUAGGAAUCAUCGUGAGGAGCCAAAAUACUUCAGCCAUGCUUGGGGAAUUGAUUACUUGGAGAUACCUAUAGACGAGUUGAGAUGGGCAAAAACAUUCACUUUUUUCAUAUGUAAUACGAAUGGCUGUGUUAAUGAUACCUAUCAUCAUAUUCAAGUCAAUGGAACAAGGAAUCAUGCAAUUACACUGGAGGAAACCUUAGGCCAAAAUAUACAACUGUGCUGCAAUUCUUAUCUCAACUCGACUACUGGAAAAUCCCAAUGGUUCGUUCAAAAUGGAAAUCAAACGAAGAUCACAAAUGAAACAAAACCUCUUUCCUGGAACUCGACAUGCUUUCCAAUACUUAACACAACAAAACGACAUCAAGGCUCGUACGAAUGCAGAAUACCACAUCUAAAAAGGACCUCGAUCGAUACUUUUUAUUUGAAAAUCUUCAAUGAACUUGAUCCUAACGACACUACUCGUAUGAUUACACCUUCACCAAGUGAGAUUGCUGCAAUCACCGAAAAUAUUCAAACAGCUGAUAAUAUAGAUUAUGAAGAUGAUCCUAAUGAUAGUACUCGUACGAUUACACCUUCAUCAGUUGAGAUUGUUAAAACUACAGAAGACGGCUCAAUUAUGAAGAUUCUGAUGACCAUUUUGAUAGUAACAAUAAUAAUUGCAAUAAUAUCUGGAGCCUUUUUCUUUUGGCUAAACAAAAGGGAAAUGAGAAAAACAGUAACAGAAAUCGCAGAAAUGACACAGCAGAUGAAAAAGGUCGUUGUCGAAAGACAAAUGAACGUUUAUGAAGGUUCUCCAAACGCCUUAAACAUGCCAGUUAUUUCGAUUCAGUAUUUGAAACCAAGUCAAGUCAAAGGAGGUGUAUUUUCCGAUGGUGAAUACGAAAUGCCAAUAGAUAAACGUUGGGAAUAUCCUCGGGAGAAUUUACAGCUUGGAGAUACUCUUGGUGAAGGCGAAUUUGGAAAAGUGCUCGAAGCCCAAGCGAGGGAUAUUUCAAGACAGGGAGAUGAGACAAUUACAACUGUUGCAGUAAAAAUGCUCAAAGAUGAUCAUAACGACACAGACAUGAUAGAUUUAGUAUCGGAAAUGGAACUAAUGAAACUGAUCGGAAAUCACCCACAUGUUCUUCAGCUCCUCGGUUGCUGUAGCGAAAGAGGGCCUUUUUUCGUAAUCACGGAGUAUGCUGAAAAUGGAAACCUGAAAACUUUUCUACGAAAAUAUCUCCAACAAUCCACGAAACCAUCAGAAACUACUCUUAUUUCAUACGCUCAUCAAAUCGCUCAAGGGAUGGAUUAUUUGGCAUCGUUGAAGUGUAUCCAUCGAGAUCUGGCUGCUCGAAACAUCCUCGUCACAGGUGAUUACACGAUGAAAAUAGCCGAUUUUGGCCUCGCCAGAAAUAUAAGAAAUACCGAGUACUAUAAAAAAACAUCAGACGGUAGACUUCCCAUAAAAUGGAUGGCACCUGAAGCCUUGUUUCAUAACAAAUACACAACGCAAUCUGACGUGUGGUCGUUUGGCAUAUUGUUAUGGGAAAUAGUAACGUUGGGAGGUAAUCCAUACCCUUCGAUAAACAAUUUUACUGCACUACAUCACGCUUUACAUCAAAAUUAUAGAAUGGAGAAGCCCCCAAACACGUCUACUCAAGUGUAUAAUUUAAUGUUGGAUUGUUGGAAAUCUGAACCUGAGGAUCGUCCGAAUUUCUCGACUAUCGCAGAGCAUCUGCUAGAAUUGUUGGCAUAUACUGAGGUAAUCGACGAGUCGAAGCAUUCGGAAAAUUCUAAUGAAUGCGAAUCAGUACCAAAUGUCAUUUAUUCGACAGAAUCUGAUGAAUACGAAAAUGCGACAGAAUUUCAAUACGAACCUCAUUCUACUGAAUAUUACGUCGACGUGAUUUGAAAAAAUUCAAAGAAAAUUUCAUCAUUUUUUGCACUCGAAUAAUUAUUUUGAAAUAAAACUACUCUUGUCAGGGCA